AUGGACGCGCGUGACAGCCAGGGCGAGGGAACGUCGAUCCCGACGUCUCCCACCUCUGCUCUUCUGGGGUAUAGCGGGGGCCGCGCCUGUGGGGUGUCCUGUCCAGCGAGCAGCAGCACUCCUCCCGCUAGUUUGUCUCCCAUUCUGCGCAAGUCCGGAAGCUUGACGUCUCCUCCUCCUGGAUCAGCAGCAGCAGGAGGGGGAGCAGCAGCAGGAACAGCAGCAGGAGCAGCAGGGGGGGGCCCUAGCAGCAGCAGCUCCGCCAGCCGAGAAGACGACCGCCGCCGCGAGUUUCAGCGUAUAAAGACGGUUUCCUUUGCGAACUUAGAUAAUGUAGGAGGAGGAGGAGGCGGCCCUGUUGGUGCUGCAGCAGAAGGGGACACCGCAGCGGCAGCAGCAGCAGCAGCAGCAGCAGCAGCAGCAGCAACAGAUGCUGCUUACAACACGGGCGCGCGACUCGAAGGGGUUUCUUCUCCUGCACCUCCUCUCACUGAUGAUGAGACAGAACACCGCAGCGUUAGUGCUGUAUCUGGGGCUUGGGGUUUGUAUCCACAUAGCUACAACAGCAGCAGCAGCAACAUGUCUUUGUAUAUGCCUUUCGGUAGUCGUUUAAGUUCUUCUUAUUUUUGCUGCUGCUGCAGCAGAGUGCUUCGUUGGUUUCGGCGUCUGGGCCCGGGCAACGACCUUGCCUUUCACACUAGGGAGGAUUUGCUGCUGCAGCAGCAGCAGCAGCACAAGCGUCAAGCGCGUUUAAUAAGCCGCAGCAGCACUCUGAGUAACAGCAGCGGGGCUGCACGAAGCAACAGCAUGCGCGGCAGCAGCUCUGCAGAGAAGCUUUUAAGACCUUUCCCUCUUGCUUUUACAAGCAACGACUUAGAAGAACUAUUCUCUCUGAAUGUUAACCACUGGAUGGGGGUGCGCAUGCUACCUAUGGGAGUGCUGCUGCUGCUGCUAACGCUUGCUAUGUGGCCGCUGCUAGCCUGGAGCUUCGAUCAGCAGAGUGCUUUUGAUCAUAAGAGCUCUAUCGGAAUUAUGUUUAAUAUUGCUAUGGGAAUCACUAUGCUCGCGUCAGCUGCACUUGCUGCUGCUGCAUGCAUACCCAAAGCAAAAGGAUAUGCCGAACACCUCACCACCAUCGCCGUCUUCGUUCUAGUAACGAUGUGGGGUGUAUGGAACGGCGUUGCGAGUUACCGAUUGGAGGCGCAGGUGGAUGACAAAGACGAAUUUCGUUCGACUGAAGAAAGCACAGCUUUAGAGGCCUGUACAGCGAUGAGUUAUUUGUAUGGGCUUCUCCCCGUUGUUAUUAUUGAUGUCGUCCUUCCCUCUAGGACGAAGUACUCCUGGCUAAUUCAUAUUUCUUUCUUCGGAACAAGCGCCACCACUAUUGUGGUGAGAGGGGCUUUAAACCCGCGUUUUAUAGCCCCUUCUUUUGUCGUCAUUCGAGUUGUGACGUAUUUCGUCUUGGCAUUUUUUCUUUUUCUCGGUCGCUAUGCAGCGGAGAUGCAUUUGAGACAGACUUUCCUAGGAUGGUUGGAUACGCGGCGGCGAGUGGAGAGAUUAGAAUCAGAUUUAAAGCGGCAGCGCUCUCGCGGAGGUGUAUCGACAUCUUUAGAACACUUGGUUCAGUUAGUGAAGCAAAUGCAAGAGUUAAAUCAUUUAUCUUUAUCUUCUUCUGCUGCUGAGGGGUCUCGCCCAGAGCUGCGUCUACAGCUACAAGAGAGCCGCGCGUUGCUGCAGCAGUGUUUGUCUAUUUUAUGUACAACAACAAAUCUUUAUGCAGUAAACUUCGGUCCGUUAGAUAACAUAGAGCAUCUUGAUAUUAUUCAAGCUCUUCUAAAUGAUAAGAAUGCUCUUCCUAAAGAUUGGUUUAGAAGGAGAGAAACAUCUUUACCUCUCUCUGUUCCUCCUACAUCAGCAGACGGUGCUGCUAAUCAUAGACCGGGAGAUGUACGCAGCAGCAACAGAACAAGUAGCAGCAGCAGCAGCAGCAACAAUAACAGAAGCAGCGCUAACACUAACGCCACAUCAUACGCAACCCCGGAAGCAGCAGCACAAGAAGAAAGGCAUACUUCUGGUGCGCAUGCAGCAGCAAAUGCAGAUGCAGCAGCAACUGCAGCAGCAACAGCACCAGCAGCUGCAGCAGCAGGAGACCGCCAUACAUCCGAAGGUGUUCCGCCCAUUGGUCCUGCUGCUGCUGCAGGAACAGCAGCAGGUACAGCUCCAGCAGCAGGAGCAGCCCCAGCAGCAGCAGCAGCAGCAAAACGUACAGGAGAGGGUGUGAAGCAGCAGCCGCCGUACCCUCAGCUGCUGCUGCUGCCUCGAAGCCGCAGGGGCUCUCAAGCAGGAGAAGAAGCAACAGUUAAUCAUCAAGAAGAGAUUGCUGAGAGAAACAGCAAUCGUAGCUCUGUCUUUUCUGAUGUUCUUUUAAUGCCCAGAAAGCAAAGCAAAAAUACACACGAACGCAGCAUUGGAGGAGAAGAUAAACUCAUACGAGUCUCAUAUCUCUUCUCACCAGGACUUGCGGUUGCCCAGAAGACGUUUGCUUUGUUGAGUUUGUUAUCUCUUGUAAAGAGCCGGCAGCCCCGCGAUAUCGCUCUUAUUCUUGUUGCAGGUGAAUUUAUUGGGGUGUAUAUACACUGCAUUUAA